UCGCCGAGCCCAGAGCCGCCCCGCUGCAGCCGCCGCCAUGCAGCGCACCCGGAGGUUGUGGCUCUCGGUGCUGACCUUGGCGCUGUCGCUGCUCGUGUGCCUGGGCACGCUGGCCGAGGCGUACCCCUCCAAACCGGACAGCCCCGGCGAGGACGCGCCCGCAGAGGACAUGGCCAGAUACUACUCGGCGCUGAGGCACUACAUCAACCUCAUCACGAGGCAGAGGUAUGGAAAGAGAUCAAGCCCAGAGACACUGAUCUCAGACCUCUUGUUGAGAGAAAGCACAGAAAAUAUUCCCAGAUCUAGGUUUGAAGACCCCUCGAUGUGGUGACGGAAUUUGCAGAACACCAUCAAACUUUUCCUAGUUUUCAAUUCAUACUCCACUCCUCUAAGGCGAAUCAGAGCGCAUCGUUCCCAGUGCAUGCAGUCAUUGUACUGAAUUCUGUAGAGAUUUUCCUUCAUCAUAUUUGUAUAUACCUUUAUUUAAAUAAAUUAUUUGUGCAUUCCAGAAUAUACCAUACUAAAUGAAGACAAACACCCUGCUUUUGGUAUAGCAAAGAGCUGUUUUAAACUAUUAAAACUGUAUUAUAACCUUCUUUCAGUCUAAAGUAGUGUGGACAACAGUAGUGCUGUGGCUAUCGCAGCAAUUAGCUGCAAAGUGAGAUAAUGAUGUUGUUCACUCAAACUCAGCUCAGCUUUUUGAUUUACACAAAAUUGUUUAAUUUAUUAUGCACUACAGAAUAUAAGAAAGGA